GCACACGGCGACAGAAAGCAAACCGACGGCUUUAUAAUUCUGGAUUCGCUUGGUUUGUUAAACGGGCUGUUGUUUGCUCGGGGGCGCGUUAAAGCCGCAGCCAGGACUUGCCACAUACAGUACCACAAAGUGUAUUAUGUUCAAAUGUGUUCUUUGUACGCUAAUAAUAAAGAGCUAUAAUUUGUUGCGUGGGCGCAACAGUAAUUACAGAGGAAAGGAGGCUUGAGAGAGUCGCGUCCAGCCAGCUGCAUGGGUUGAGCAAUGUGGUGCGGCUGAGUUUGCGCUGCCUGCCUGAGAGAGAAUCCAUCACAGAAACAAACCGCCCCCUCCCACCGAGUGCCCCCGCUUCAGAUGCAACUCAAAAUACAUAAAGCCUCCAUGUUGCACAGGGAAUGUAGGGCCAGCAGAUAUGAACUGUUUGCCUAUUUGUCUUAGCUAACUCUGACGUUGAAUAACUUGCGUUUGAUACAUAUUUUAGGGCAAGAACAAUCCUCCGACGGGCUUCCUAGUGUUUUCAACGUUGUUCCAGACACGGCCUCACAUUUUGGAUAAUCGGAGCUUCACGGCUAACCCGCUAACCCAGGCUACCUGCUAACUUCAGCUAGUUAGCAAUCGAACCUCGGCUGGUUUGGUUUUAUGUGCUACAAACGCCGUCGGUGCUGUUCACGAAAAUAUUUGUCUGCAGCGAUGAUAUUUUGCGGAGAGCCAUAAAUGACAGCCAUUCACUGGCCUCCAUUCACCACAGUGCUAGCUGGCUGGCUACCACCGCUGCCACAACACUUCGCCUCGGACAGUUGCCUGGCUUUGUGGGCUGGCUGGUCAUCCUCAUCUUAGACAGCUAGCUAGAGGUAGCUAGCAAACGAAGCAAGCGCGCUACAGAGAAUAACAUUGUGGGAAACAAAACAAGACUACACCACCCGCCUAAAUGGACCACACGUCCAUAAUAACCCAGGUUUCCAACCCGAAGGAGGAGGAAAUAAUAUCAUUUAACCAGGAGAAAGCGUCCCAGUCUAACAGCAGCCUAAAGAAGCAGAGGAGCCGGAGCAUCUUCAGCACAUUCUUCUGCUGUUUCCGCAACUACAAUGUGGAACCUCCAGCCGCCAACACCAACACCAGCUCCCUGCCUCCACCUGUUGAGGAGAACGGAUCGCCUCCCAAGUGUGACCAGGUCGAGGUCAUCCCUGUCCCUAGUCCACCAGCCAAAUACCUCCUCCCUGAGAUGAUAAUAUCUGACUAUGGCAAAAAGUGUGUGGUGAUUGACUUGGAUGAAACACUCGUCCACAGCUCAUUCAAGCCCAUCAGCAAUGCUGAUUUUAUUGUUCCAGUGGAGAUCGAUGGUACCGUUCAUCAGGUGUAUGUGCUGAAACGACCCCAUGUGGAUGAGUUUCUUCAAAAGAUGGGAGAGCUAUUUGAAUGUGUGCUCUUUACAGCCAGUCUUGCCAAGUAUGCAGACCCUGUGGCAGACCUGCUGGACCAGUGGGGUGUGUUCCGAGCGCGACUUUUUCGAGAAUCCUGCGUUUUUCACAGAGGAAACUAUGUCAAAGACCUCAGCCGGCUGGGACGAGAGCUCAGCAACGUCAUCAUUGUUGACAAUUCACCCGCCUCUUACAUUUUCCACCCAGAGAAUGCUGUUCCAGUCCAAUCCUGGUUUGACGAUAUGAAUGACACAGAGCUCCUGGACCUGCUGCCUUUCUUUGAGGGACUCAGCAAAGAAGAGGAGGUUUACGGAGUCCUGCAGAAUCUGAGAGGCAGGUAGCAGGACAGCCACAGCGCUGCCUGCGCUCUCCACAAUCCUCUCUGUCCAUCUCUGCCCUUUUCUACAACCACAUCUCUCAGACUCAGGCAGAUCCUUCCACAUGCGGCCCUCUUGUCUCUGCCCCAAGGGGACGCCUUGGAGUCUCACUGUGGAAACCUUCACGACACCCCGUCUCUUCUCUCAUCUCCUGAUGACUGGCUGCCUUCUGAGUGCCAUCAUAAAAAACACAUACACUAAAUAUCCCAGGAGCACUGUGUUCGACAAAAGUGUACAGAGGGUCCUAAGUUGGUAAUAUUGGGGACAAAAUACUAAGAGGAAUGAACUCUGGUCUUUAUUUUCAAAGCAACAAAGUUUUACUAUUCGGUGAAGUGCUUGUUUUAAAACCAAAAAGAAAACCCAACAAGUUUUUUUUUUUCUGAAACUUCUUUUGUGGUACCACACAAAAGUCUGAAAAGAUUUAGUCCUCGUAUUGUUGCUAUGCAGGCAGUUUCUGGUAGUAGAAAGGACUGUGAUUCUCUUUUCUUACUGAAUGAAGUGCCUUGUGUGAAUGUUGUUUAUAUGGGGAGAUAUUUUGUACAUGGCAUAUUUCCAGAGUACUUCAAUCUUUUCACACACGAUAUGCUUUAAAGUGAACACACAAGUAUCUUGAUCUAAAACUUUUACACUAGUUUUUUUGAUCAUCAAACGCUGGGUAAUUGUCUCCAUAGUAUUCUAUAUAUUUUCCCAGUAUGCUUGUGCCAUUAUUUAGAUGUGACUUUGUUUUCUUUCUGCUUUCAUUAUAUGUAGAAUUAGCUAAUUUGUUUUAGGCAAAGGAGUACGUUUGCAAUUGUGAACCUUACACCCUACCUGCAACUCCAGUAGUUCUUUGCGUUUGAUAGUUUGAUCUGAAAUCUCAGAUACAGUUGUGCCAUUUAUUUUCUCUCUCACAGUAUCCCCCUUUAUCUCAUUUUAUUAUUUGCCAAAUAAGGAAAUUAUUUUUUAACAGGCUUCAUAUCUUUAACAGGGGGUCAGCUAUAAUUGUGAAAUCAUUAGUAGUAAGCAUAGCAUUAUAGGUUUUAUUCUUUUGACAAAUAGUUGUCAAAUACCUUUGUAUGUUUUUUAAUGUUAUGAGGUCCUUGUUUGUCAAGUCUUGCUUAUCAUAUGGCUAGCUUUUAGCACACAUUUCUUCCCUUGCUUCUGUUUUGUUUGUAUUUUUUGGCACACAUAAGUGGUGCAGCUUCACCCAGAGAUGAUCUUUCUCCAGAAUUGUACACAGUUGCAAAGGUAUCCCUCUUGUUGUUUGAAAUGGUCUGGGAUCUUACAGUAAAUGGGUCGAGUGCCAUGUUUUGUUUUUUUUCAUGAGGUUAGUGUCUUUAGGGAAUAUAGAUAUGUGUCAGAUCGAGUCUGGAUAGUGUUAAAAUCUCACCAUUCUCUCCUGAUUUACAUACAAUGGCGGCCCGCUCUCGUCCGGUCCUGGUGUAAAACCAGCGGAGACGAAGUGUGGUGUUUACCUUCCCAGACUCUUUUGAACUGCUCUUCACCUCAGUGCCUACGUUUUGAGAGGAGCCACACAAACCGAAUGCUGCAACAUUAGCUACCAUGGCAAUAACCUUUUAUGGGGUAGUUUCCAUCCCACGUGUUUGGUUUGGGUGUCUAGAGCACUUGACACGGCUAGCCAGGCGAGGCUUAGUUGACAGUAAUGGCUGGCCUGAUUAUAACAAUGACUUGUAGUGUUCAUGGUUAGCAUACAUUUUUCACAUUAUUUGAUCCGAAAACUGGACAAACGCAUAAUUUUGUCAUUUUCGAGUAAAAAUUAAAUUAUUAGAAUGUCCAAGUUAUAUUUUUAUCCAGGAUUAAAAUACUGAAGCAGCUUGAAUGUUGCUUGGUUUAUCUCAGCAACAGCAGCCAAAUGACCAUGUAUAGUGAGCUACAUUGCCAUAGUAUUCAGCUUAUGUUGUGCCAGAAAGUUAAAAAAGGAAAAAAAAAAAAAAAGACGCCUUCCAAACCUACAGAUGGGGGGUUUGUUCUGGCCUCGUCCAGACAGCCUCCAGAUAUUGGGGGCCAGCUCUAAGUGGAACACUACUGGGGCACUGCAAAAGGACUGUGAAGAACCUCAUCAUGGCAUUGAUGCCUUACUGCCUGUGGAGGCACAAAGCAAUGUUUCUUCAUUUAUUCCAUCUUCACGUUUUCAGUGUCGUCUCAUUAGUAUUGACUUAUGGAGUGUGAAAGCGGCUCUGCCACAUAUGUAGACCAUAUAUGGUCAGGUGACUUAACAUUGUGAAACAAUAAAAUGAAGCGUAAAGAUGCUUCGUGGUCCCAUCAAGGGGACUGUAUGCUCCAACAAACCUCAUUUGCUUUAUUGCUUGGUUUAUGGCUCAUGAUGUUACAUUAAAAAGACCUACACUUCUUCAUAAUUUCCAACAUUUCUUUUUUCCAAGUUGAAAGGCUGCUGCUCCUUCAGGCAUAUUGAAAUCUUUACUUUCUUUUGCAUAAGCGUUUGUGUUGGUGGUUUCAGUGCAAUGUCCUUUUAUAAGAAGCGUUUAGUCGACUCUUCUCAACCUCUCAAUGAUGACCUUUUCUCUGAAAAUGUUGUUUGUAUCAUUGUGAUAUUUUUCUACCUACCUUUUGUCAGUAUUUGGUUUGAAAAGUUGCAUAUUACCCAUUGUAUUCAGCUUUUUUUUUUUUUUUUUCUCGCCUCUUCCUUUCAGAUCUGUAAUGUCCCUCUCUCUUGCCUUUUGGUAAGCGUUCUCAGUCAGGUCUCGUCUUUCCUCUCGGGAGACGUGUGUGCAUGUGUGUGGGUGUUUGUAUGUGUGCGUGCACAGGCAUCUUGUUUGUGCUUCCUUACAGUGUUCCUUUUGUGUUAUCACCUCACUCAUAAUCACACGUUCAUCAUUUUGUAUUGAUUUAACACCAAAGUUCUACAACACUUGAGUUCAAGUCACAAGUUAUUCACUUUUUUUUUUUUUUUUUAAACACUUGUUGGUUCUUGUUGGCUUAUUUUGAGUGUCAGCAGUGUGUUGUCAUCCUGAGCAUCAUUUUUUUUUUCUUUCUUUCCAUAAUAAAAGGCUUCAUUAAAAUAAUU